UAUCUAUGGCAGUUUUUUCUAACAAAAAUAGAAAUUUUAAUUAAGUAUAGUAGGUGGAUUGGGUCUGCUACCAUUCAAAGUGCGAUAGACUGAAUAUGGGAAUUUUCGAAAAACUACAAGAUUUCGCUUCAAAAGCGUUCGGCCAUGAUAUUACGUCCAAUAGGGUACCAGGGAUAAACCAAACAACGGCCAACAUUACCAAACCGGGCAUAAGAGUCGACGACGGUGAACCAUUUAAUAUAAGAGAUUUUCAGGUGCCCUAUGAGGACGACGACGACAUUGAAGAUAAUCAAACUAAUAUCCAGAAUGUAGUGGCCCAACUUAUAGACAGCAUAAAAGAUCAACAGGCUGAUUCGACGGCAUUGGAUGAAUACGACGGGGAUAAUCCGUACGUAGCCACGUUCGAGGUUCCAGUGAAUAAAUCACACGGUAACUUGCUUGUGGAGAUUAUACAAGAUUCGGCUGGCGAGACAAUCAAUUUCUUCCAAGAAGUGAAUGCCACUGAUACAGAAAGCAACGCAACGCCGUUGAAUAAUAUCGCCCAAAAAAUCAACGCCACUACCCAAGAACUGUUAAAAAAAGAAGCAGCUGGAAAACCUAACGGUGGCUUUUCCUCUAUCCAUAUCGUUUCCAUCCUUAUAGUAAUGAUACUAGUUGGUUUGAUGGUCGGGGGAAUUGUGUGGAAGAAAAAGCGCAACGGAAACGCGAUACAUCGCAACAGCGGCGACUACAACGUGUCUCAAUUUGGAAAAAAUUUAAACAAUGCAGAACACCACCAAAACCAGAAAAAUAUUUUACCUUAAGAAUACUGAUAAGAUACUGAUAUUAAGUGCAACAUGGGUAACGGGAAAAUUUUUGGUUUGCUUUGGGUGGGGAAUAUUUUACAAAUAUUGGAAUAAUAAAUAAGGUGAAAUUAUUACAUUAAAUGGGAAUAUUUUGUAACAUAACGAGAAAUAAAUAAAUACAUAUUUAAAUUUU